AUGGCGCCGAUCCCAGUGGGAUUCGCGGGUCGGCUCCGCGACGUGAAACCCCGCCGCAACCCGCCUCGGUUCCUCCCUUCCCUGGCCCUGGCCGUGGGUCUCGUGGGCCUCACAAUGCCCCUGUUCAUCAUGCUGAGGGCCAUGGUGAACGUGACCCAGAGUCUGGACGAGACCAGUGUUUUCGACAGUCUCAACGACACUGUCGGCGUGGAGCUGGCGUUGCGACGCUUUAGUGUCGAGUCGACGCAGUUGUAUGUCGAGUCUGUGGGGCUGUUGAGGAGGUUGUGCGUCUUGGCUGAGCAGGACGCGGUGUCGGUGAGACCCGGGUUGCACGGGUCUGGGCUCGCGUACUCCGUGCUGGAUGCCUGGCGACACCAUGAUGCCCCAGAAGAAGAAGAAGAACAGCAGCAAAAACAAAAACAGGAAGAGCCCCGGCUACCUUACGAACCCGUCGCCUCGAAGCAGCAGGAAUUGAAAUUACAGGGUGGACUGGAAAAAAAGUCCGGACAGGAACCUGAAAGUGUGGGCCGGGACCUGAGCCCGGAAGUCGGCGUUGUUGCGAGACGGAAGCGAAGCAUGGAUUACUUCAGAUACUUUACAACUGGUGGCGGCGAAGAGGAACGAGAUGACUCGUACACCGAUCCCGGAAUGAUGAUGGUUCCGAGUCGGGAUAUGAACCAGGUUCCUUUCUACUUGAGGUUCCGGAUGCCUCCGCAUCCGAAUUACCACGAAUACAGUCCCCCGGAUGAA